ACUCCACCAAUUGUGAAUGGCACAUACAAAUUCUGUCAUUUUUGACAGUUGUGAUUGUGAAUGAGUGUGUCGUUGAAUCCGCAAUGCUUUGAUGUUUUGUCAGUGGAUAAAAGACGGAAAGCAAUAUAUGGUUUACACCAAUAAAGUUUAAUUUUAAAUAAAUUCAUAUUUUUUCAAUAUGUUGCGCACGUUAGUGUCGACAUUAUUUCAAUCCCGGCUAAGUCCAACGACAAUAACACAGGUGCGAGAAUGUCGCUCAAAAAUUCUACCAAAACCACGGAAAAGAAAUCCAGUUUGGUUCGUACGACAAAAACGAACGGUCCAUGACGAUUUAAUAACAAAAGAAAAUCAAAAAUUCAUCACAGAAUUCACAAAUGAUCGUUUCGGUAUACCAACGUUGGUCAAAGGUGUUCACACCUAUCCAAAAAGUGUUUAUGAAUCGUUAAUUGAUGUAAAGCAAGUCGAAACACCAGAGCAAUGGAGUAAAUAUCAACGAAGGGCUGGUUUAAUUGCGCGUAAAAUCGGCGUAGUUCCAAUGUGGCGAAAAGAUGGCUCAAAAGUUAUGACAACGAUGCUACAAAUUGACGAUAAUCAUGUCAUUAAAUAUCUUGAACCAAAUGAAUAUAAUCCAGCCCAAUUGCCACGAGUAAAAAAUUUGAAGAAAUUUGGUUGCCUUCUCAUUGGCGCCGGCAGUGCUGAUCCAUCGCUAUUCACAAAAGAGUACUGCGGAUUGUUCAAAGAUUCGGGUGUCAUGCCGAAAAGACAUUUAGGACGUUUCUUGGUUACACCAAAUGCCAAAUUGCUACCAGGAACACCAUUGAAUGUUACACAUUUCCGUGUCGGUGACUUUGUUGAUGUUCGUGGUAAAACUGUCGAUCGUGGUUUUCAAGGUGUAAUGAAACGAUGGGGAUUCAAAGGUAUGCCGGCUACACAUGGUCAAACAAAAACACAUAGAAGACCUGGAAAUAUCGGUUCGGGUGGUCAAAAAGCGCGUGUUUGGCCAGGACAAAAAAUGCCUGGUCAUAUGGGAAAUCGAUAUCGUAAAUUGAAAGGUUUGGAAAUCGUUCGCAUCAACAAAGAAUACAACGUAAUGUGGGUCACUGGUCAAAAUGUUCCUGGCGAAAAUAAUGGCAUCAUAUAUAUUUACGAUACGAUAAUACCGACGAAACGUUCACUUCUUCAGCCACCUUUUCCAACAUGUUUCGAAGACAAAGACAGUGAAAUCGAUAUUUUCGCCGAGAAUUAUCACGAUUUCCAAAAACCAACCAUUUUCUAUGAAGAUGAAUAGUCUAAUCUUUUGAUCGUUGUACAUUUUAAUAUUACCAAAUAAAAAUAGAAGAAAAUUCCGUAAAUAAUUGGAGUUUAUUCA